AUUGUCUCACAGUAAUUAUCAGAGAUAUUUUCAAAAUGGACAGUGAAAAACUUAUUUUCUUGGUGUUUGAUAGAAGGCUAUUGUGGGACCAAAAGAGUAAGGGCUAUCACAACCGUGAUAAAUCACGGAAAUUGUGGGAAGAUGUGGCAACAGAAUUAAAUGUUAGCAGUUAUCUACUUAUGCAUUUCCUAUACCUAUAUUUCUUGUUUACACUUUUAGGUGAAGUAGCAAAAACCAAAUGGAAAGGAUUACGAGAUACCUUUCGAAAAGAGUAUCAGAAAACUAUUAAAUACAAACAGUCCGGUGCAGCAGGAGGGGAAAAAAGUGGUUCUUCUUGGCCAUACUUCGAGAGUUUGUAUUUUUUGGCAGAUCAAAUGACGCCACGGGAAACUUCGGGAAAUAUUUCGUUACCUAGAGAGAAUUCAUUAUUACCAGUAAACGAGAAAUCAAAUAACGGACUAGACGCAGAACCAGAGUCUCCUAAAACGCAAAAUACCGACGAUAACCAUACGAACGACGCAAUACAGGUUUUACAAUCUACAAGUACUGCCAACCAAUCUAAACGACCUAGGGAAGACCAAAAUUUAUUGCCUGAAACACAACAGCAGGAGCCAUUACGUAAACAGCAGGAAUCCUCAAGCAAGAAACAACAAACUCUGCCAUCGAAAUCUGCAAAACGCGGAAAUGAUGUCCAAAAGAGGAUGCUUGCUUUAGAAGAAGAAAAACUAAAUUUUUUUAAACAAAGAAAAGUGGAAACAGAUAUACACAAAGAUUAUGACUACCAUUUUUUAAUGAGUUUACUACCUCAUUUCAAAAAUGUAAAAGAUGAAAGAAAGCUCCAUGUACAGUUACAGCUGCAACAAGUUCUUCUGAACGAGAUAACAUCCUACAAAAGUCAGCCAUCAGGUCACGUAAUUCUCCCAAAUAGAUUUUCCGGGGUCCACGCUUCAUAUUCUACUAGUACUACUCCUCAAUCAGAACCAUCACCUGCUUCUUCAACUCAAUCGAGCUG